GGCAGUGGGAAGAGCGUGCUGUCCCGAGCUCUCUGCAGAAAAGCCAGGGAGGAUCUGGACGCACACGUGGAAGUGGUGGACUGCAAAAAGCUCCAAGGCAAGAGGGCAGACACYGUGCGACAGAUUCUGCGGGAUGUUUUUGAGCAGGCAGAGUGGAGGCAGCCCUCCGUUGUUUUACUGGACGACUUGGAUCACGUGACGCACACGGCGACCUCACCGGAGCACGAGCACGGGCCUGAGGCGCUGCUGCAGCGGCACAUCGCACAAAGUCUGAUGGACGUGGUCGACGAGGCCGUGCUUCACUCCAGCCUGCUGUGUCUGCUCAUCACCAGUCAGAGUGAACACACGCUCCACCCUUCACUCACCCAGGUGCAGGGCUCGCACUUCAUCCAGGGCUUUGUUGACAUCCAGCCACCAGACCAGCCUCAGAGAGCAGAGAUUCUGCACCAUCUGAUCCUAAAGAAGUCCUUCCUGUCUGAGGAGGUCCUGCACACGCUCGACCUGGGUGCGGUUGCCAAGAAGACUGAGGGGUACACAGCCCAGGAUCUGGCUCUGCUGGUGGAGCGGGCGGUCCACGCCAACAUCACAGAAACAGGACAGAGUGACCACGGUGUGAGUCUGUCAGGGAGGGACUUUGCGGAGGCUCUGAAUGGAUUCACGCCGCCGUCGCUGUGGGGGGUUGAACUUCACUCAGCGAGUGGAGUUGGGCUGGAGAGGGUGGGAGGGCUGAGGGAGGUGCGGCAGCAGCUGAUGGACACCGUCCUGCUCCCCGCUAAGUAUCCCGUCCUCUUCUCCCAUCUUCCAAUCCGCCAUCGCUCUGGAGUUCUGCUGUACGGAGCUCCCGGCACGGGGAAGACGCUGCUGAUCAGAGCCGUGGCCAAAGACAGCAGCAUGAACUUCAUCAGCAUCAAGGGACCUGAACUUCUCAGCAAGUACAUCGGAGCCAGCGAGCAGGGAGUUCGUGACGUCUUCAGGAGGGCUCAGUCUGUCAAACCUUGUAUCCUGUUCUUCGAUGAGUUCGACUCUCUGGCUCCGAGGAGGGGACACGACAGCACCGGAGUCACAGACCGUGUGGUCAAUCAGCUCCUCACUGAGCUGGAUGGGGUGGAAGGACUACAGGGUGUGUAUGUCCUUGCAGCCACCAGCCGCCCUGACCUGAUCGACCCGGCUCUGCUGAGACCUGGACGACUGGACAAGUCCCUCUACUGCCCUCCUCCGGACCAGGAAGCUCGUGUUGAGAUCCUGAAGGCUCUGAGUUCUGGCCUCUCUUUAGCUCCAGAUGUUGACCUGGAGCAGCUGGCGGCAGCGACGGAGCAGUUCACCGGGGCGGACCUAAAGGCCCUGCUCUACAACGCACAGCUGGAGGCGGUCCACAGCAGCUCGGGCACAUCACAGGAGCUGAGCUGCGGCUCCGACAGCGACAUGAGUCUUUCCAACAUGAUGUUCCCCAACAACAGCUCAGACGAUUCCAUAGAGGAGGGGGACCACGGCGUGGGCCUCGACCAGUCCAUGGUUCUCGAGCCCAGUGAGCURCAGGUGGAGGAAGAACAAAACGUCUGGAGAUUGUACUUCGGCAGUUCCUACGAGUCAGAGAGCAGAGAUUCACCUGUUUAUAGACAGAACUCACAGUGCGUAUCUGGGCACAACUCCAUGACCCGAGAGCCGGUCAGCACCCGGCCUCCUGCGUUCAUGCCCUCCAUCCAGACUGGAUACAAGGAGCUGGACCCUGAGCAGACGGAGCGUUUACUACAAGAUGUUCAGACCAUCAAGAACAACUGCAGAAAAGCAAACGAAGAGUGUGUCUGCACGCGUUCGGCCUCCAGCCAGCCGGGCCUGCUGCUGUCUCAGGCUCACAUCAACUCUGCCAUGGCUGCGAGCAGACCGUCUCUGAGCCGGGCRGACUGGACCAGAUACACAAAACUGUACGAAGACUUCGACGGCUCAGGAGACAGAAAAUCUCCCUCGGUCUUGUUUAAACCAGGACAACGUGUGACUCUAGCCUGAUCACACUUAUUAGUCUGACACACUCGGUUCAUUAUGUGUAAUUAAAUUAAAUGUUUGUACAAUUUAUUUUCUAUAAAUGAGAUUUGAAGGGAUGUUAAUUAUUUUUCUUCUAAGUGGGGUUGUUUGGAGUGUUUAUGAAUCAAGUUUUCUGAAACAAACAUCUUUUAGUUUAUCAGCAUUUUUUCAUAAUCCCUCAUGUUUACCYUCUGUAUCUGAUCAGAGGAACGAUACAUUCAGCCUCUGAACAAUCAGGAUGUUUAAACAAUUUGAUAGUGCUUUAAGUUUUACUAUUUUAUUGUGAGGUUUAGUUUUUAAUGAGUCCAGAGCUGAGAAGACGUGGACUUUAACCUGAGAUUAUUCUGUCUGCUGCAGGAUAGAUACUAGUUACUCACCUAUACUCCACACAACCCCGUUUAAUACAAAUAAGCCCUUUAUCUAAAUAUGUAAUUACUGCACUAAAGAUUAUAAAUUCAUUCUUUUUUGUUUUAAGAAAAAUACGAAUACUUUGAAUACUUCACUUAUUUUCAGCCUCUGGAAGGAAAUAAUUUGUGCUUAAUUUAUGAUUAAUUUUUUUUAUUAAUUGUAUUCAGAGUUUGUAAAUUUAAAUGUUUAAUCAGAUGUAAUUUUAUUUCUUACUAGAUUUGAUAAAGCUGUGAACAAUGGUUUAAUUAAAAACUGUUCUAAUCUC